AUGACGAGGGCGUCAGACUCUGAGGUGGUCCCCUCUUCGUCACCUAUACCCUCGCUCCAAGCUAGAUCGGGUGUGAUUGAACUCUCCUCAGAUGGGAUUGAAGCACUUGUGAAUGAUGUACCUGCCCGUCUUCGUGCGUCUCUAAGUGGGUCGACGAAUCCUCGCCCAGAAAAGCAUGGCUUGUCUGUCUCGGACGAUGAUACCAACAAAAAAUACGCCCGAUUCGAGACGACUCUUCCGGACACAAGUGAUAUAUUUGCCCUGGGAUGGAGUGAUGGGUGGGAUCUCGAUGAUGCCCAACUCUUUUCGGAUGAAUCUUUACUCCUAACGUCCGACGCCCCGCCGUCUUCACCUAUUCCAACCCCCGACUCCCUUCGUGCACCCCAAACGCCUGGAGAGAUUUUAUUACGAUUUCUCGACUCUCUGCUGGCCGAGGAGGAUGAAUGUGGUCCUGACGCCACAGAGUUUGUCAUGGUGGGCAGGUCCGAAGGCGAAAUUGUCAUCCUUCCUCGUGCUGCACAACAGCUCUAUGGCUUGCUCAGUCACUGCGCACGCGAAACAGAUAAAGCUAUCUUACAUGGUGGAAAAACGACAAGCUCCAAACCAGUUCAUCUCCUAGAUGUGGACACCACCAAACUACAGCGUCUAAUCGCUCUUCUUGAUACCACCAUCCGGCGCACUAGUAUACUAAGUUUGUCCGCUCCACUUGACGAGUAUACGGUACGAUGCUGCAAUGCCGCACUGAUUUGCGUGCGUAGCUGUCUUCUUAUCUUUGCAUACGACCAACUCCCCAAGUUCUUGUUCUCCGAAGAAACCUUAUUGUUAUGUGUGGAUACACUCAAAGAGACUCUCAACCAGUUCAUUUUACCUCUUGCCGAUGCUUGCACCAUGUCACCCAAGAAAGGAUUGGCACUCAAACUCGAGAAAAACGAGAUAUCUGACUCGCUGCAAGCCCUCCUGGACAUCCAUUUUCGCCAGGUAUGUGCCGCUACGUCCAUGCUUGAGCCUCUUUUCUGCCUAAGCAGUCUGGCCAUGUCUGAGACCUUCACGAUCCGAAGUGUCUAUCUCUGCAUUGCGCCUUAUAUAUCUUCUGACCUCGCGAUCGGUCCCAAACGUGCUGUGCACUCACAUUAUCUGCAAGUCCAUGCUCUACGUCCCCUUCGAUUGGCAUCGCUAGCAACUCUUCGCUCUAUUAUGGCUCGUUGCUCCGACCAACGUGUAUGGAUUAUUACUCAGAUACUUUCUUCCUCUCAUCUCUUUCCUGAUAUGCGGCAGCGGAAGCGAUGGUUCCGCCUGUCAAAUGGACGUUCUGUAUAUAUGAUGACAGCUAUCCUCUUGCAACUUCUACAGGCAGCCUCUUACUGUGCGCCUGCCCUCCUGGAACAGUCCUAUGCUUGGUUCGAUGAAGCUGAGAUCAGGGCAGAUAAAGAAAAACCACCCAGUCAAGAGCAGCAGGAGUUUCUACAUGCGCUUGCUAGCUCACUGUCCGGUGCCUUGGUAAAAAAUUGCAACAAAAGCAAUGAGCUGAGUAUUGAUGACCAGCCUAUGACCACUGUGGCUGCUGUAGUGGAAGACGUUCUCAUCCUCCUGUUCCUGCCUGACUGGCCAGCAGCUAGCAUCCUUCUUUCUACACUUACCAAGACAUUCAUCGUAGCCCUCCGUGAAACCAAAGGGCCCAAGGAGAUCAAGAAUGUUGCUCUUGACCAACUUGGUCUGAUUGCCACAAGCAUUAGGCAAGCCGAGCUAGCCAUGCAAACAAAGCGCGCAAAGCGAUGCGGCGAGCUUCAGUAUAUGUCGGACAUUUGCCGUACAUGCAAUGUGAAUGCGUUAUACGACUUGGACGAGGCAUAUCGCUCUAUCAUUUACAGUAUGCAACAUGCCCGGAAAAAUGAUCCAGCUACGGAGGCUGCUGCUCGGUUUGUCCAGGCGCAAUACCUUUAUGAGCUCGCUUUGGCUCUACGAUCCCUGUCAUGUGAUGACAAUGCGACACAGGAAUUUCUUGCUACGCUGACCACCCUUUCACGUCGAACGGAAGAGGCCCCAUCACGCUUGCGCAAGGACUCUCACAUACUUCCCCAACUUGUCUUGCACAGUACAUUCUUUAUACCCUAUUCCAAAGUGCUUCAUGUCAUCUUGUCGCAAGUGAAUUCCCAGGCGCUCUCACUCCGGACACGGUCCAUGCGGGCUUUAGGCAGCAUUUCGCAUGUGGAUCCGUCAUUCUUGAGCAAUGGCGAUGUCCGUCGUGUGAUCAGUGAGCAUAUGGUGGAUAGCGGCGCAGCGAUUCGGGAAUCCUGUGUGGCUAUAUUGGGAGCUUUCUUGCUAUCCUGCCCCAAGUAUAUCCCUACGUACUACGAACUGUUCAAAAGCCGUAUGCUGGACACGGCAGUGAGCGUUCGAAAGCGUACAGUGAAGUUUAUGCACGAUGUAUACUAUGCCAGUGACGUGAACGAAGUAAAGACGGGUGCGGUGCUAAGUCUUUUGCAGCGUAUGCAGGACAUUGACCCUACUGUUCAAACGAUGGCCUUUGAGUCUUUGAUACAGCUCUGGCUAGGUCCUACAUCCAAGGAAAAUGUCUCUACGAUUAUGCAUCAAUUACUGACGGCUUGCCGGGUCUUUCAUUGGAGGCCCUCCCCCCUGGAUGAAUUUUUACGGCGCCUCGGUGACGAGCGCAAAGACAGUGAAGAGAUAGCAAAGCUGGCCCAGGUGGUCGACGAGAUGCUGCUUUGCUGUGUGACGGACGAGGAGACUCUUACGUCGUUUCGAAGCUGGUCGUAUGUGGUGCAAGCGAUUGCCUCUGCCCAUCCCAAUGUGGUAAGCAUCACGCGUGCCAAGCAGCUCCUUCCCUAUAUUGAAAACCCUGAAUCUAUUUCGGAUGUGGAACGGAUGGAAGCUUUGUUACGUAUAUUCAUUGUAUGCCUACCGCAUAUGCCCAGGACAGCUUUAUCGUUUGCCAAGUCCUUAGAGGAUAUAUUGGCCCAUAUGAUCACGCACUGUCGAAUCCAUCCAAGCACGUCUCCAUUCGAAGCCAUUGUCCAAUGUUUCUGUCUCACAAUUGCCUACCAGACACAUCACAAGGACCGCCUUGAUCAGAUGUUUGACAAGUGUAUGAGACGAUUUCGACGAAUUACGUCGGCUGAUACCAUUUCGGCAUCCCAGAAGAUUGUCGUAUACAUUCUUGCGAUGCUAGCCGGCUUUACUCCAUCGUCUGUUUUUGACCCGGGCGUCACCACGUUGAAGAUCCUAUUUUCUCGUCUUUUGCAGCUGUACUCGACGGCUGCAUGCGAGGGCCAGCAGCUCAUGUUAGCUGCAUUGGGCUACCUACUGAGGGCCCAUCCUACGUUUUUCCUUGACCAUGCCAUGAUCCCGAUUGUUCACAAAGAGUUGCAGGGUGGAAACCGAAAAGAACUGCUUCUCCAACCUCUGCUAGACUAUCUUUCGAACGACGAAUAUGGGCCACAGUUUGGGUCUGAAUCUAUUCGUGAACAGCUCCAAGGUCAAGCCAUCAACGAUGCGGGUCUGGCCUCUGUUCUUUUGCAACAGUUUGCUGAGGAUAUCCUGGGUGUGACUCUCCUGUUUCGUUAUCGGACUGUGCAACACAUGGCGAUGGCGAUUCUUCGCAUCGCCAUUCGCCAGGGCCUCAUGCACCCUGUGCAAUGUAUACCCUACUUGAUCGCCCUGGAAACAAGUGAUGAUGAGAUGCUUUGUUUGCAAGCUGCUCACUUGCAUCGAUACUUAUUUGCACGUCACGCGUCGCUGCUAGCUACACGCGUGAAAGAAUGUGUACGAAUGGCUGGGCGUAUUCACGACACUUCUGGCAGAUACCCUCGCGGGGCCCGGGUCAAGGAUGCAUUUCCGGAGGCUCGCUUCCAAACAUGGUUUGAUAUUGUCUCAGAGCGUCGUUCUUCCCGUUUAGGGUUUCUUCGAUCUCUGGUGCAUACUAUGGACGUGGAUAUGGAUCGGCCAUGCACGGAGGAAGAUGUGGCCUGUUCGUUGUUUGUCGCUGACAACCUGGCCACCAUGGAGUACCGUGUCGCCGAAGAGCCCCUGCUUGUUCUAUAUGAGCUGGCGCACCUCGAAGCGUCAACAGCCCAGUCCUUUACCAGUUUAGCGCAGCGUCGUCUACGUACAGCGGCCCAUCAACGAGAGCUAAGUCCGUUGACGGACGAAGAAGACGAAGUGGCUCAUUCCGAUGCGAGCAGCGAAGAAGACCAGGCGUUAGCGACAGGAACUGACGAUGCGGAGUCGAUGUGUCCACUAAAGCGGAGUAGCAUCGGCUCUUUGGCCUUGGCCGCUGCUCGCAUUGACAUCAUUCGCGUGCUUCGAAAGCAUAUCAAGCAUUUGUACAAACUGUCUGAAUCCAAAUGCGCCAAGUUUGAGCCGGACCGUCGUGCGCCGAUGGGCGAUCGUCCCAUAGCAAGGAUGGCGGUGUCGGACGCAGCCAAGGCCCUGACACCAUGGACCAGUGACGAUAUCCCCCGGGCGCACGAAGAAGAGCAGGCCUUGGAGUACCUCGAAAGCUUUGUCGCUCAAGAGGACGACGUGGUGGCCAGUGAAUCGGAUAGCGAGUAUGACUAA